AUGAAUAAUUUAAAGUUUAUUCGACUAUUGAAAAGAACAAGAGUAUUCUGUGAUCAUGACAAAUAUUCAGGAGUUUUAAAGCAAAUGGCUUUGAGAUCCACAUCUACUGUGUCUUCACAAAAAAUGAAAGAAAAAGAAGUAUUUCACGAUGCAUUGCCUGGUAUUGUUGACAAUCUUAUGAUGAGCCCAAAAUUGUCCAAAUUACCUGAAGUUGCAGAUUGGGUAAAGAAGGUUUUAGAUCACAAUUUAACUGGUGGCAAGCAUUCGAGGGGGCUGAUGACAAUGUUUGCUUAUGAGAUGUUAGAAAAACCAGAGCUUAUCACUGAAGAAAACCUCAAACUGUCUAGGGUGUUGGGAUGGUGCUUAGAAAUGCUUCAGGGUUACUUCUGUGCAGUAGAUGAUAUUAUGGACGGGUCAACGACACGGCGUGGGAUGCCGUGUUGGUACCGCAUGCCUAAUGUUGGCAUGGGCGCUCUUAAUGACUGCAUCCUUAUGUCCAGCUGUAUCACAGAGACUUUAGAAACAUAUUUCUUGAAAUCUCCUCAGUUUGUAGAACUCGUGCGACUUUUCCAUGAGGCGAUUGUGUUUACGUCUAUGGGACAACACAUAGAUUACACGAUGGCACACAGAGCGCAAGCAGACUAUAGUCUAUUCACGAUGGAUCGCUAUGACACUAUCGUUCAAUACAAGACCAGUUACUAUACAUUCCGGCUUCCCGUUCUCCUAGGAUUGUCGCUAGUCAAACAUGUCGACCAGAAGAUGUAUGCCGAUGUAGAUGAUAUUAGUUUCAAGCUUGGUAAACUAUUUCAAAUGCAGGAUGAUUACAUAGAUUGCUACGGGGAUGAAGCAAUAACAGGCAAGGCUGGAACAGACAUUCAAGAAGGUAAAUGUACGUGGUUAGCGGUAACGGCCCUAGAACAUUGCAAUGAGUCACAAAGAAAACUCUUUGAAAAGUACUACGCUAGCAAGGACAUUGAAGAGGUGGCUAUAAUAAAAACUUUGUACAACGGUCUUCAGAUACCAAACCUUUAUAAACAGAAGGAGAAUGAACUUCACGAGAAUAUAGUCCACCGCGUCCGUCAGCUUCCUUCUGAAACAGCACCUACUUUCUUUUUCAAACUUAUUGAUCAAUUAUAUAAAAGGAAUCGUUAA